GCUUCCUCUCGGGGUAUUAAGAACGCUUAUUCUGUAGAGCAAAAGAAAAAGAAACAGGAAGAAAUAGAGAAAAGAAUUGCAGCUUCAGGUUCUGGAGGAGAAGGAGGACUGAGA